CGGGCGAAGGGCGGGCACAGUGCGAGGGUGUUGUAUUCGUGCGCUUACCGCAGGCACCGCUCCUCCCUUUUACAAACGUUUGCUGUUCUCUAAAAACGACUUUUCCGGAGAGAAACUCCGUUUGGGGUUGUGACGUCAGUACCCAUCGCAAACUCUUCCACUUCCUGCAGUUUUUAUUUCCGAGCACAAACUGUCCGACUUGCAGCUACAAAGCAGACGCACGCGAAAUGAGAAUAAACAUGACUGUGACAUACCUGUUUAUUUACAAUUUGCUUCAGUUCUGUGGGCAUUCAUGGAUCUUUUCCAACAUGACAGCUAGACUUUUUUCCUUUGGAAAAGAUGCUUUGGCAGACACCUUUUAUUCCAUCGGAGUUGUGAUGAGUUUUUUCCAGCUAUUAUCAGUGCUGGAAUUAUUCCAUAUUUUGGAUGGAAUAGAACAUGACUGGCUGUUACCAAGAUUUUUACAGGUACUCGAAAGAAACAUUCUGCUGUUUGUAGUGAUUGCCAGCCAAGAAGAAGUCCAAAGCAAAUGCAUUGUAUGCGUGCUUUUUUACAUCUGGAAUAUUCUAGAUAUAAUGAAGUACACUUACCACCUCAUGGCCCUCAUAAGUACUCCAUUCUACAGUCUUGCAUUUUGCAUUCCUCUGUUUCCGCUGGCAGCACUUGCUGAAGUCAUCACUAUUUACCAGUCACUGCCCUACUUUGAAGCCCUGGGAACCUUUUCUUUCCAAGUGUCCUUUCCAGUGCCCAUCUAUGUCCACUUUCCUUACGUUCUACAGUUGUACAUGCCAGUGCUCGCUCUUGGGGCCUGCAUCAACGUCAGCUACCUGCUCUCGGGAAGGAGCCAGUGCUUGGGAGAAUACAGCAUAAAAAACAAGGACGACUGAUGGAAGUGGCAGCUGGGACACGGACACCAUGGGUCUGCUACAGAAGGAUACGAGUGACUUGAGCUGUAAUUUUGUUUAAACAAAAAAAGAAAACGGUCAGCAAAACCUUUACACUGUGCUCAGCUUGAACGUGUUAGUAGGAAACCAAAAGAAGAGACAGAAAAUGCCUCAUGUAUUAAGAAGGUAAUGGUGCUAAAUACUUCAAAUAUCUUACUGUAAAAACAGCAGGAAACAUAACACCACCAUUUUGGUAUUAAAGUUUGGUUUUAUUAGCUGUUCAAGGUAAACCUGGGUGGAUGAAACAGUAAAUUUACUUGAUAUCAUUGAGCUCAAAAUUUUCACACUAAAGAUUUGCAGAACACUGAAACAUGAAAUACAGAAUAUGGCACUUUUCUCACAAUUCUCAUAUCCAGCAGUCUUGUCAAACACGUCUUUAUUUGGGGGUCCAGAUCAGAGCUUAGAUACCAAAUGUCAAACCUGACUGCGUGAGCGGCCACAAAUACCUGAUGUGAGAAUCCUGCGUCAAUGAUGAAAAGACAGAAAGGGCUUCUAAAGUCAUCAUUGUCACAUGUGUAAUAAUGAAAGAUUGUUUUUAAAUGUGUAACUACUGUAUUUUAUUAAAAUACUUUAAAAAUAAGUUAUAUUAAAAUUC